AUGAUGUCGUCAGCGUCAGCAGUAUCGCCAGCAACGGCCGCGCGCUGCCCCUUCACUGGCCGACUAGCGGCCGUCGCAACCAUGGGCGAGUCGCUCUCACGCGAAGAUACCGAAGCGGACCUCCCGGUAUCCAUCCCGGGUCCCCACCCGUGGGACAUCGUGGGCAACGUGCGCGAUCUGAGCGCCAUCGCGCUGCGCGGGAUCGAGGAGGCGACGCUCCUGUACGGGCGCAAGUACGGCCCGAUCUGCCGGUUCGCCAACGGCGUGAGCGCGUGGACGUUUGUGAACGACGCGGAUAUUAUCGCGCACAUCUGCAGCUCCAACUCCAAAAACUACUCGCGCAGGUUCCUGCCCGCCGUGUACGAGUACGUGACGCACGGCAAGGGCAUUCUGGGAUCCCAAGGGGAGUACAACCGCGCGCACCGGCGCAUGUGCCAGCCGCCCUUCAUGCGCCCCAACCUGCUCGACGCCUUCUCCGAUACCAUCCAGUCGCAGUUGGAUAGGCUAAUCACAAUGUGGCGCCAUCAAGCCGCCACAGACGCCGGCUCACCCCUCCCCAACGUCGUCCUGGACGGCAAUCUAGCGGUCCAGAUCCAACGCUUCACGCUCGACAUCAUCGGAGCCGUCGCUUUCUCCAAGGACUUCGGGCAGCUGGACCGCAUCCGAGCCGACCCCGCAGGCUCGGCAACCGAGGCGGACGCCGGAGCUGACGAGCUGCUCGGAGCGGUGAACGAGUCGCAGCAGCUGAUGGCAAACGUGUUCAUCACGCCGCUGCCGGUUCUGCAGCUGCUGCGGAGGCUCGGAGAGCCCGGGAUGCUGCGGUUGGAUGCGGCGAUGAGGGCCAUGGAGAGGGUUAUGAUGGGUGUGAUUGAGGAGCGGAGGGAGAAGUGGCGCGCGACGGGAGACGCUGGGGAUGAUCUGCUGGGCGUGCUGCUAGGCGCCACGGACGAGCAGGGACGACCCCUCCAAGACGAGGAGUUGUGGGACGACGUGCAUGAUGUGAUGGGCGCGGGGCACAAGACCACCGCCACCACCAUCACGGCGGCGCUCUUCCUCAUCUCGCAACACCCUGAAGCUAAGGCCAAGGUGCACGAGGAGCUGAGGGCUCUCAACGGGCGCAUGCCCUCGUUCCAGGACGUCAACAGCGGGCGCCUGCCAUACACACAGAUGGCCGUCAAGGAGACCCUCCGCAUGUACCCGCCCAUCCCCCUCUUCCCACGGGAGGUCGCCCACACCGACGUCCUACCCGGGGGCUACGAACUUCCAGGCGGCGAUGUCGUAUUCAUGUCCACCUAUGCCAUGGGACGCAACCCUGUCUACUGGCCAGAGCCCCUUUCCUUCCGACCGAGUGGUUCACUCACAAGGCAGAAGCAGCCCACCUCCCUUAUGCCGAAGCUCAGCGUGUCGACGUCUCGCUCCCUUGGCGCUGCAUUUCAACAUCCUCUGCCCUCUCAUGCUCUUCGGCCCCAUCCCCCGCACUUCCAUGCUCUCUCCCACCUGCAGGAGCGCUUCACUCCCGAGGAGGAGGCAGUGCGGCCGCGCUUUGCAUGGGUGCCGUUUGGGGCGGGCCCUCGCAUGUGCCUGGGCGCCAACUUUGCUGUGCUGGCUGUCACUCAAGUCGUUGCCACUCUGCUGCAGGUGCGUGUGAGGGGAGGGGGGAAAGGUGGUGGGGAGGGGUGUCUGUGGGUUCCAUUCGGGGGGGGCCCUCGCAUGUGCCUCGGUGCUAACUUUGCUGUGCUGGCUGUCACUCAAGUCGUCGCCACUCUGCUGCAGAGCGGCCCUCGCACGUGCCUCGGCGCCAGCUUUGCCGUGCUCGCCGUCACUCGAGUCGUUGCCACUCUGCUGCAGGGGGGUGGUGUGAUGAGGGGACCUUGUGUCUCUUUCUCUCCCUCCAUCUUCUCUUCCCCUCCUCCCCCCUCUUUUCCUCCCCUCCUCCCCUACCUUUUCCUCACCUCCCUUCCUUCCCUCCUCCAGCACUUUGACUUCGAGGGCACAGCAGCACAUUGCGGGUCGCGUCUCGAUAUAGUCACAAGAAUGGACUCGCGCAACGCUGGGAGUGGCGCAGAGUCAGCGUCAAAUGCGGAGGUAGAACCCGCAGGUGUAAGCGGUGUUAGCAGCAGCGGCAACCACACGAGAGAACGCUGCUCGGAGUCAGCUUCGGGCGAAAUCCCGGCGGCAAUCGCUGUUGGGGGGGGCCCCUGGGGAGCAGUGGGCGACACUGGCGGAAUGGGCUCGGGGGGAGGCGCAGGGGGAAGGGGAACAAGUCCAGCAGUGGCGGCGGGACUAGGCGGAGCGCAGACGAUGCCUCCGCAUCUGGAUUUGCGCGGAGCUGCGAUUCAGACGUUUCCGCGGGACGCUGCUGGCGCGCAGACGACUAUUGUGCUCCCAAAUCAACGGUCGGAUGUGCUCCAUUUCGCACUUGACAUCGGAGGCUCGCUCAUCAAGCUCGUGUAUUUCUCCCGCAUCCCUCCGCACUUGGAACACGGGGGCUCCUUCUCCUCUCUCAUAUCCCCUGGUGCCGCUGCUGCUGCUCCUGCUACCAGCACUGCUGCUGGUAAUGAAAACACGGACGACACCAACCAGACCAAUUGUGGUGGUGGUGGUGCUGCUGCUCCACCCGCUGCUUCUGCUGCCGCUACUGCAGCAGCAGCAGCUGCAGCUGCUAGGGCAGUUGACAGGCGAGCCUCCUUCUCCGGAGGAGGGGGUUCUUUCCGGUCGGGCGGCGGCGGUCGGCUGCACUUUGUCAAGUUCGAGACGUCGAGGAUUGCAGAGUGCAUCGAGUUCAUCAAAUCCAAGAGGCUUCACAGCUUUGAUAUUCUGGGAAUGGGAGGAGAUGAGGAGAGCCUAUGGGGCUAUGGAGCUAGUUCGCCUCGCAUCAAGGCCACAGGGGGAGGGGCGUUCAAGUACGCGGACCUUUUCAAGGAGAAGCUGGGCGUGGUGCUGGAUAAGGAGGAUGAGAUGCGCUGCCUCGUGCUCGGCCUCAACUUCCUCCUGCGCUCCAUCCGAGACGAGGCAUUCACGCACCUGGAGGGCGAGAAGCAGUUUGUGGAGAUGCACAGUGGAAACAUCUUCCCCUACCUCCUCGUCAACAUCGGCUCGGGUGUGAGCAUUCUUAAGGUGGACGGGCCACAGCAGUACGAGAGAGUGAGCGGCACGAACCUGGGGGGAGGCACGUUCUGGGGUCUGGGCAGCCUGCUCACGGGGUGCAAGAGUUUUGACAAGAUCUUGGAGCUGAGUCAGGAGGGCGACAACUCAGCUGUUGACAUGCUGGUGGGGGACAUCUAUGGCGGGCUUAACUACGAGAAGAUCGGCCUAUCAGCGUCCACCAUAGCAUCCAGUUUCGGGCGAGUGGUGGGGGAGCAGAAGCAGCUCUCAGACUACCGCCCGGAGGACAUAGCGCUCUCUCUCCUCCGCAUGGUGUCGUACAACAUCGGCCAGAUCGCCUACCUCAACGCCCUGCGCUACAACCUCAAGCGCAUCUUCUUUGGCGGGUUCUUCAUCCGCGGGCAUGCCUACACCAUGGACACCAUCUCCUUCGCCAUCAAGUUCUGGUCCAAGGGUGAGAAGCAGGCCAUGUUUCUGAGGCACGAGGGGUACUUGGGCGCACUGGGCGCCUUCCUAGCGCACGAGGAGGACGCGCACGCAGAGGGCCGCGGGCUCUCCCUCACCCCCGGCAUCGCGUCGCUCUCCUCGCUCACGCCGUCGCAGCUGGUGGAGCGCUUCCCCAUGGGCGCUCCCUUCUCCAAGGGGGAGAUCCGCGGGCCUGUGAUUCGUGGGCUCAAGGAGAAGGUUUCGUGGGUCGAGAAGUUCGUUCAGGUGGGGAGUGACAUCACGGCGCCAACCCCAACAGGCAAGCCACCAACCACCACGGGGCUGGGCGGUUUCGCACGGCCCAGGGAGCAGGGCAGGGAGCUGCGAUCAGAUGAGUCGGCGCUCAGUGUGGGCGUGCUGCACCUCGUGCCGUCCCUCGAGGUCUUCCCACUGCUGGCGGACCCUGUUAGCUACGAGCCCAACACAGUGGACCUUGCAGACUCCGAUGAGAGGGAGUACUGGCUUGGCAUUCUGCAGGAUCACAUUCCCAACCUUGUGGAGAAGGCAGUGGGAAGCGAGGGGGCAACGGAGGAUGCCAAGAGGAGGGGAGACGCCUUUGCCUUGGCCUUCAGGGCGCAUCUAACCAGACUGCGCGAGGAGCCAGCAGCAUAUGGGCGGCUGGGGCUGGCAACGCUGCUGGAGAUGCGCGAGGAGUGUUUGAGGGAGUUCCAUUUCUUUGACGCGUACCGUGCUGUCAAGCAGCGGGAGAAUGACGUGUCACUGUCAGUGCUGCCGGACCUUCUAGCCGAGCUCGACAGCAUUCCUCCUGAAGAACGGCUGCUGACGGUGAUGGGGGGCGUGCUAGCAGCGAACAUAUUCGACUGGGGGUCGCGGGAGUGUGUGAAGCUGUACCGCAGCGGCACCAUUCUGGAGAUCUACCGCAUGAGCCGCGACAAGAUGAAGCGCCCGUGGCGGGUGGACGACUUUGACGCCUUCCACCAGCGCUGGCAGCACCGCCCGUACAGCAAGGCUCUAUUGUUUGUGGACAAUGCUGGGGCGGACGUGGUGCUGGGGAUGCUUCCACUCGCACGCGAGAUGUUAAGAGCCGGGACCAAUGUUGUCCUGGUGGCCAAUUCGCUCCCAGCAAUCAAUGACGUGACAGCAGAUGAACUGACAGCAGUGGUGGCAGAGGCUGCGCAGUACUGCCCUGUGCUGAGGGCAGCAGCAGAGGCAGGAGGGGUGAUGGAACAGGCCGCUUUGUGGUCGACUCAAGAAUCGCAACUGGGAGGGAACGAGCAGCAAGGGGAGGGGAGGCAGGCAGCGGUGCAGUCAGAGCAAGAACUGGUACAAAAUCAGCAACAGGAACAGCAGAAACAGGAGGAGAAGCACCACCAGCAGCAGCAGCAGCAGCAGGGGGGUGGGAAGAAGCAGCAGGUGUUUCUGUCGGUGGUGGCGAGUGGGUCGGGCAGUCCGUGCAUCGACUUCAGACAAGUCACCUGGGAGCUCGCUCAGGCUUGCCAGGGGGCUGAUCUCGUGGUGCUGGAAGGCAUGGGUCGCAGUCUGCACACCAACUACGACACUCGCUUCACCUGCGACUCACUCAAGCUGGCGAUGAUAAAGAACGAGCGGCUGGCAAAGAGGCUGGUGGGCGGCAGCAUGUACGACUGUGUGUGCCGGUUCCAGCCAGGAACAAAGGCUGGUAGAGAGGGGGAUGAUAUGAGUGCUGGGAAAGCUUGUUGA